CUCGAAUCAGAUGGAGAGAAUUUUGAAAAUAAAAUUUGGAUGCUCAUAGGGAUAUAUGCCUAUUUGCAGGUUCUUGUCUCUUUAGCGGAGGUGGCUGUGUGUUUCUCUGAGGAGGAAUGGUCUCAGCUAGAUCCUGUUCAGAAAGACCUGCACAGAGAAGUCAUGCUGGAGAACUCCAGAAAUGUGGCCUUUUUGGGAAAUAAUGUUCAAGAGAACAAGGAAAUCUUCCAAACAUUCAGGGAUGAAGAGAGAAGAAAGGAGUUUUCAUGCUCAAUGGAAACAACAGAAAACGAAAGAAAUCUGUCAAACAGGAGUAAAAGGAGCUUAACUUUCCCAUCCAUUGAAGUUCAAGGAGAUCAGAAAGGUAAUCCAAUUGUGGAAAAUGUGGAAACAUUUGAAGAGAGCUUAGAUCUAUAUGAACAUUACACAAUUCACAUUAAAGAAGAGGAUCUAGGCGAAGAGGUUGAAAAAAGCUACGAUUGGACUUCUAGCAUUUCUUUAUGUGGAGAAGCCAAAAUGAGAAAUAAAACAUAUAAAAGUACAGAGAAUGGAAAGUAUUUGAGUGGGAGCAGUUCUCUUAUUCCUAGUGAAAGGACUGACUCAGGGGAAAAACCGUAUAAAUGUGUGGAAUGUGGAAAGAGUUUCAGCCAGCGUGGUAAUCUCAAUUCCCAUAAAAAAAUCCACACAGAAGAGAAACCUUAUAAAUGUGACGAGUGUGGAAAGAGCUUUACUCAGAAAGUCAAUCUUAAUUCCCAUAAAAUGAUUCACACAGGGGAGAAACCAUAUAAGUGUGAAGAGUGUGGAAAGAGCUUUACCCAAAAUAUUCAAUUGACUUCACAUCAGAGAAUCCAUACAGGGGAAAAGCCAUAUACAUGCAUGGAGUGUGGGAAAAGCUUCAGGUGGAGCACUCAGCUGACUUCCCAUCAAAGGAUCCACACAGGAGAGAGACCAUAUAAAUGCAUGGAAUGUGGGAAGACUUUCAGUGAGAGCAGUUCUCUUACUUUCCACAAGAGGAUCCACACAGGGGAGAAACCAUAUAACUGCAUGGAAUGUGGAAAGAGCUUCAGCAUGAGCAGUUCACUUACCUACCAUAAAAGGAUCCACACUGGGGAAAAGCCGUAUAAGUGCUUGGAGUGUGGAAAGAGCUUUACGCAGAACAUUCAACUUACUUCUCAUAAAAUGAUCCAUACAGGGGAGAAGCCAUACAAAUGCACUGAGUGUGGCAAAAGCUUCAACACAACCAGCAACCUUGCUUGUCACAAAAGAAUCCACACUGGAGAGAAACCAUACAAAUGUAUGGAGUGUGGAAAGAGUUUUACUCAAAAUAUUCAACUCACUUCCCAUGUAAGGAUUCACACAGGGGAGAAACCAUAUGAAUGUAAAGAGUGUGGAAAGAGCUUUACUCAAAAGAUUCAACUUACCUCUCAUAAAAGGAUCCACACGGGGGAGAAACCAUAUAAGUGCAGGAAAUGUGGAAAGAGCUUCCGUAAUAAUGGGUCCCUUACUCUUCAUGAAAGGAUCCACACUGGAGAGAAACCGUAUACAUGCAUGGAGUGUGGAAAGAGCUUCAGCCGGGGCAGUCAUUUUGCUUCCCAUAAAACAAUCCACACAGGAGAAAGGCCACACAAAUGCCUCGAGUGUGGAAAAAGUUUCCGUGAAAACACUUCUCUUACUAUUCAUAAAAGAAUCCACACUGGGGAGAAGCCAUAUAAGUGCUUGGAAUGUGGAAAGAGGUUCCGUGAGAAUGGGUCAUUUACAUCCCAUAAAAGAAUCCAUACAGGGGAGAGGCCAUAUAAAUGCAUGGAGUGUGGAAAGAGCUUUACGACGAGCAGUAAUCUUACAUCCCAUAUGAGGAUCCAUUUAGGAAAGAAACCGUAUAAAUGUAUGGAAUGUGGAAAGAGUUUCAGCAAGCGCAGAUAUCUUACUUCCCAUAAAAAAAUUCACACUGGAGAGAAACCAUAUAAAUGUAUGGAGUGUGGAAAGAGCUUUACGCAGAAGGUUACUCUUAAUUCCCAUCUGAUGAUUCACACAGGAGAGAAACCAUAUAAAUGUAUGGAAUGUGGUAAGAGCUUCAGAAAGACCACUCAGCUUACUUCCCAUCAAAAGAUUCACAGAGGCGAAAAACCAUAUAAAUGCACGGAGUGUGGAAAGAGCUUUACCCAAAAGGUUACUCUGGAUUUCCAUAAAAUGAUUCAUACCGGAGAGAAACCAUAUACAUGUAUGGAGUGUGGAAGGAGCUUCCGGAAGAGCUCUCGUCUUAUUUCCCAUCAAAGGAUCCACACGGGGGAAAAACCAUACAAGUGCACGGACUGUGGAAAGGGCUUCAGCUUGAGCAGUUCCUGUACAUAUCAUAAAAGGAUCCAUGCAGUUGACCGAAUGUAUGAAUGCAUGGAAUGUGGAAAGAGUUUCAGCCAGUGCAGCUAUCUUAAUUCUCAUAAAAAAAUUCACACAGGGGAGAAACCAUAUAAAUGCACAGAUUGUGGGAAGAGCUUUAAUCAGAAGUGUAAUCUUAAUUACCAUAGAAUGAUUCAUACGGGGGAGAAACCGUAUACAUGUGAAGAAUGUGGAAAGAGCUUUAUCCAGAACUUUCAACUUACCUAUCAUAAACGGAUCCACACAGGGGCGAAACCAUACUCGUGUUUGGAGUGUGGAAAGAACUUCAGAUGGAGCAUUCAGCUGACUUCCCAUCAAAGGACCCAUACAAAGGAGAGACCGCAUAAAUGCACGGAAUGUGGAAAGUGCUUUAGCCAGCGCUGUAAUCUCAAUUCGCAUAAAAAAAUCCACACACAGGAGAAGCCAUAUCAGUGCAUGGAAUGUGGAAAGAGCUUUACUCAAAAGGUUACUCUUCAUUCCCACAAAAUGAUCCACACAGGGGAAAGGCCAUAUCCAUGUACGGAGUGUGGGAAGAGCUUCCGGAAAAGCAGUCAGUUUACAUCCCAUCAAAGGAUCCACACGGGAAAAACCCCGUAUAAAUGCACAGAAUGUGGAAAGAGUUUCAGGUGA